CCUAAGGAACAGCGUCAGCGCUGCAGGCAUUAAAAAAGCGCGGCACCGAAGUUGGCAAUUGGCAAAAUAUCGGUACGAUUUGCAAAGCAGUAACCCUGCUUCGGGCCGAAGAGUUUUAGCACAAAAAUUUCUGGGCAAAAUAUAUAUAAGCGCCUGCCAUCAGUCUUCCUUGCGACGUCCAUCUCUGCCCUGCCUGUCAGCAAUGCUCUCGCCACAACUUCUAUGUGCAAUGGUCGUACUCAGCUGCAGCCUCAUAUGCCGGUCCUGGGUACAGCGAUCGCACCGUCGUUAUCUCAGAACCACCCACAUCAGCAGUGCUGCACAGGCAGGGUCCUUCCUUCGUUUGAUUUCCGGAUGCUUGUCUUUCAUCGGUGCCCCAGGAGUCCAGGCUCUGGUCGUCGGGAUGGACGAAGGACAUGUGCAGGAUUGGUGCUGGGAAUGGUUGCCUAGGAUGUUAGAAAGGUUGCCUGGUGUGAAGGCGCUGACGUUCUUGAGGAUCAAUUAUGCGAUUCAUACGGCUUUGCAAUGGUAUCCAACGCAUUCAGGGCGCGACGAGGGGUUUUUCGCUGCGCCUGUCAGCCUCGCUCCCGCGAGCCUCAGGAUGACCACACUGAAACUUGUAGGAUGUCAUUUUUUCUCUUUACGACAGUUGUUCUUGGUGCUCAGUCAGUUCAUGUUGGUGGAAGAUCUAACAUUGGAGCGACUUCAGUUCAGAAACCCGGAACCACAUCCUUUCAUUUCCACCUUUAGGGCGUAUAGACACAUCCAGCACCUCGUUUACCUGAGAAAAUUACGCAUUGAUACCCUUGAUUUGAAUCCCUCGCGAGAUAAGGUCUCCUCGUACAUCGCAUUUACGAUGCCUUCGGUCGAAGUGCUGUCGCUGAGGAUGCGGGGCUCGUUAGUGGAGUUGGAGUGGAUCGAGUGUGGUGACAUGGAAGAAGAUUGGGAUGACAUUGAGCUGCGACUCAAUCUCGUCCAAUUCUAUGAUUUCGCUGGUCCUCGACCAAAUUUUCGGAGGUGAGCUGAGGAGCAUCAUCUUUGACGUCCAGGAUUCGGACUUGGACGUUGUUGUUACGAUGAACGAGUUUCUCUGUCGCGCCAUUGAUAAAGGGUUGGAGAGACCGGCAUUCUCCGACCUCAGCUAAGUGGCCAUGCAAGUGAAGGAGCAGUUAAUCAGAGAUCUACCCAUGCAGGGGUACGAAACAUGGAUACAGAGCAUGUUCCCGCUCUCGUAUGGGAGGGGGAUAGACUUGAAAGUGGAAUGAACGAAGUUGUGGAUUUGUUUCUUGG